AUGAAGUUCCAGACUCUGGUUGUGCUCUUCGCGACUGCCGCCUCGGCCGUCUCGCCUCCUGUGUGUGGUGAGCGACCUGCGGCGUGCGAUUCCAUGUCCAAGCAGGACAAGAACGCGUGCAAGAAGAAGAUUGCUGCCAUGGAUCUCCAGAAGGAGAUGUGCCUGGCUCCUGCUCGCACCGUCACUCGCACCGAGUUUGUCUACCCUACCAACACGGUGACCAAGACUCUGGAUCCUAUCCCCGUCACUGAGAAGGCCACCAAGACCAUCACCAAGAAGGGCCCGGCCAUCACUCCCCCCACCAUCACUCUCACCAACACCGACACCGAGAUUGUCCACGAGACCGUCACGGAUACCUCCACUGAGACGGACUACUUCACUGAGACCAAGACUGAGACGUCUACUCAGACUGAUACCAAGACCGAGACCAAGACCGAGUCCAAGACGGAGACUGUUGACUUUGUCGCCCCUACUUGCGCUCCUACCAUCAAGCGAGCUCGCCGCGAGGAGGCUCUCCCCACUGACUGCAGCUGCCUCUUGACCGUCACCAGCGGCCGUGCCCCUGAUGCCACCUCCACCGCCACCGUCACCAAGCGUGCCACCACCGUCACUGUCUACGAGAUCAACUCGAUUACCGCCACCGUGACCCGCACCGUCACCGAGACCAAGUUCACCAACAGCAAGACCGUCCAGGCUCCUGAGACCACCAUCACCGAGACCAAGACCGAGACUCAGACUGACCACGUUCCCACCACCGUCCACACCCCCGUCACCCAGACCAACACUGAGACCAAGACUGAGACCGAGACGGCCACCAAGACCGAGACCCAGACCAACAUCGCCACCCAGACUGCCCCCGCCUGCGUCAACCCCACCGCCUGGAUCCAGCCCGGCAGCAGCAUCAAGAUCCCCAGCGGCAUCUCCCUCAAGAAGGACACCCUCAACAAGAACCUGUUCGAGGCCGCUGACAAGUUCCUGAAGAGGUGCUGCGAGAAGUGCUUCUCCGACAACAACUGCGACUUCUUCAAGGUCAACUUCGGCGGCCUCACCUGUGACCUCUACUACACCAAGAACAAGGUCGGCAACUGCCUCCCUGCUCAGUGCCCUCUCGGCUUCCCCACCUUGACCCUCGGCAACAAGGACACCAGCACCUACUACCGUGGUCCUUGCUUCAAGUCUACUCCCAAGUAA